UUCGCUGUUCUGUUUUGUAUAGCUGCAGUGCUGCACUAAUUCAGAGCAGUUGUCCGUCAGCAGUCGGUUCAAUAAGGUUCUAAAAUUUCCACGUAAAAAUGUAUAAGAUUUUCGUUUUCUUGGUUAUCGUUGGUGCUGCCAGCGCUAUGAACUUCCGUUUGGGAGCUCCUCUCCUCUCUAAAGUCAGCUACCAGCCAGCCAAGUACACUCACGUCCGACCGGAAGUCACAGUUCAGCAGCCGGAAUAUAGAUUCAAAAAAGUGUCUGACCUGCCUAUCCUAGUUAUGGUCGCCCAGCCGUACUAUUACACCGCUCCCGUUGUCCACCCUCUCCUAUCCCCUAUGAACUUCGGUUUGGGAGCUCCUCUUCUCUCCAAAGUCAGCUACCAGCCAACCGAGUACACCCACGUUCGACCGGAAGUGACAGUUCAGCAGCCGGAAUACACACAUAAGAGCUUGCCUGUCCCAGUUCCAGUCGCUCAGCCGUACUUCACCGGUCCCGUUUUUCGCAACUUUGUCGCUGCUCGCCAAUUUCCAGCUUAUCCUGGAUUCGGUGGUUUCCCAUUGGGUUAUUAUUAAGCGAAAAAAUUAUUAUUCCAAAACAUAUGUUGGGCUAGCAUUUUAAUGAUGUUUAUCAAUAAGGAUAACGGGUGCGCUUCAUUUCUUACAAUAUAAGCUCACGGUAGUCAUAGAUCAGGUUUAGCACUGAAUUAUAUUGAAUACGUGUUGUCAGCUGAGCUAAACGUGGUUACUAAGCAUAAAAUUCUUAUUUCAUAAUCGUGAGAAUAGUUAUAUGAUUUGACUACGACUGUGGGAAAUAAACGUAUGAUACCCGUCAA